AAUCGCCAAAUCGGAAAACUGCCGAUAGAGUGACGCCGUCGCCGCCAGAGUCCAGACGCCGCUGGGCGCCAAGCCACCAGCCUCCAGGUCAAAACUCGACCUUUUCCCUCCAAAUCCACGUUUCUGGUUCAGACAUGGCAACAACAACGAAUGCCCAGUCGCAGUGGGACUUCACCUGUGACUUGGAGGUGAAUCUUGCAUCUCAAGAAAAUGCCCAAAUCAUCUACACGGCUCUCUCUGUUGAUAAGGAGUUGCAACCUGAUAAGGUGAAAAGGGUAAUGUCAGCUUCGGAUGGAAAGCUCCUAGUGCAUUUUGAGGCUAUUGAAGCUAGAUUCCUUCGCGCAUCCUUCAGUGCUUUUGUGGAUGUUCUUACUCUUGCAGCCAAGACAAUUGAAGAAUUUGGUCCAUUUAAGAAAUUAUGAUAGCAGAUACACUCUCAACAUUUUUGGACCUGACUAUUCUUGGUAGUUUUUAUCAUUGAUGAUGAUCUUGUAUGCUUUUGUAUCUUUUUCACAACACUUUUCAAGUUCAUGCUUCAAUUUUGUCUUGCAAUGAAUGGUGAAAGGUGAA